AUGCGAUAUCCGUUCGGGACUCUAACGAUAUCCAAAUUGAGAUCCGAGCACACCUACGCGCUCGUGACAACUGAGGAUCACAUUGGGACAAAAAUGCCCCUCAGCUACAGUGCCCACGCGCCGCCACACGCGCCGGCAGCGCGUGGGUGUCCAAAGCGAUACCCAUCGCCGGAAAACUUCCAAAUCGUGAGCCCAGACUCCUACCCUAGGUAA